AUUUGUCAAACUAGUAAUGCUGUUGUCAAAAGGCGAAAUGUGUUGAGGAGUAUCAUUCCAGAUUUUUACUUGAAUUUUAAGCUAUUUAGCUUCUAAAUUAGUUCCUAGGUGUAAAGUUAACAAAAUGAAUAGUAAUACAGCAUUAAUUUGUUUAAUAUAUCUUACGUCUGCAUUAGUGUUGACGUUGGCCGGUCGAGACUUCUAUCAAAUUCUCGGAGUAUCUCGAUCCGCAACUACCAAUGAAAUCAAAAAAGCUUACAGAAAAUUAGCAAAAGCAUUACAUCCUGAUAAGAACCAAGAUGAUCCUGAUGCCUCACAGAAGUUUCAAGACCUCGGAGCAGCUUAUGAAGCACUUUCGGACCCUGAAAAGCGAGAACUAUAUGACCGUUGUGGCGAGGACUGUCUUAAAAAGGAUGGUAUGAUGAAUAAUAAUGAUCCAUUCGCUAGUUUUUUCGGUGACUUCGGUUUCCAUUUUGGUGGCGAGCCACAACAGCAUGAAACACCUCGAGGGGCGGAUAUUAUUAUGGAGUUAACUGUGACCCUUGAAGAACUGUAUAAUGGAAACUUCAUAGAGAUAACUAGAAACAAACCUGUUAUCAAACCAGCAUCAGGGACACGAAAAUGUAACUGUAGACAGGAGAUGGUGACAAGGAAUCUUGGCCCAGGUCGCUUCCAGAUGAUGCAACAGACUGUAUGUGAUGAAUGUCCAAAUGUGAAAUUAGUUAAUGAAGAGAGGCUACUGGAAAUUGAGGUAGAAGUUGGUGCACCUGACGGCCACAAAUCCAGAUUACGUGGAGAAGGUGAGCCACACAUGGAUGGAGAACCUGGAGACCUCAUCAUGGUAUUCACAACUGAGAGACAUCCACAGUUCACACGUAAAGGAGAUGAUCUCUACACCAAUGUCACAAUUUCUCUUCAGGAUGCAUUGACUGGUUUUACAAUGGAACUUGUGCACUUGGAUGGUCACAAAGUGUCUGUAACCCGUGACAAAGUAACAUGGGCUGGUGCCCGUGUCCGCAAGAAGGGUGAAGGCAUGCCUAAUUUCGAAAAUAACAACUUACACGGAAAUCUAUACAUCACAUUCGACAUUGAUUUCCCUAAGCAAGACUUUACUGAGGAGGAAAAAGAAGCACUACGAAAAAUACUUAAACAAACACCAAAUAAUAAAAUAUACAAUGGACUAUAGUAGCCAUACUGCCAGUUUAAUUUAUU